UUGGAAUUAAAAAUAUUGAAGCAGACUUAAUAUACGUGCUUAGGAAAGAUAAAAAGACUCUGGCAUUUUUAUCAAAUAUUUAUUAAAAAAGUUGAUAUAAUAAUUCUUGUUACAUAGUAGUUAACUGUUAGUCCAUAGUAUGUUCUUAAAAGACUGCAACAGACAGUUUGAGAUCAUUAUAAUAAAUAAUUACAUGUAAUUUGCAUGCGUUAUAUUUAUUUAUUAUGGUAUUGCAAAGGUCGAUUUGUCCCAUUGUUUAGUAAUAUUAUAUCUGUUAGCUUUAGUUGUAGAGGAAGUAAUAACUCUUUGAGGAUUUUUCCUACAGUGCAAUAAUAAUUUAAUAGGAUGAGAUGUGUCGUUUUCCGCAUUUCAGGUUAUGUUUACCUUAUCUGCAAGUCUUAUUUGAUGAUAUGCGUCUAAUCUAUUCUUCAUUAUGUGUUGUGUAAUAAUCGAAAUAUCAUGUUUUGACAAUCGGUUUCCGCAUUAGUAUGGUUAUCGGCGUGUCAUAUGUGUGAUGCAAUUGUUGAGAAAAAUUUUGUUAAACAUGGAAAUAAAAAAAAGACCCGUCAAAUUGAAAUGUGCAAGUCAAGCGGAAAUUUUACGAUCAAACCAAAGGGACGAUGACUUUGUCAAACACUUGCGAGAAAAAGUUAUUGAUCUUCUACAAAUUGUGGGAAGGCACACAGGUACCUUGCCCUUUAUGCAAGCAGAUAUACCGUUUAAGUUGAUCUACUUUUUUUUUACAUCUGGAAUGGGAAAUCAAACAUUAGGCGAAGAGUAUACAGGAAUCGUACAAGCUGACUUAAAAGCUCAUAAAGUUCCAUCUCUACUUGCAAGAGUAAUAUCGGUCAUUUUAGAAUGCUUUGGAGAGAAAGCAUUAUUGAAGAUCUUGAAAAGACUGCAACUAUCAAUUAAUCAUCCUCAUAGUGAAUUAACUCCAGCAGCUUCUUCCUUUUUAAAUUCAUUUAUUACAAAAUUAUGUAAUAUGAUACCUAUCUUCAUAUUAAUUCACAAGGGACUUUUUUAUACGUCUGGUCGAUAUUAUAGUUUAGGGAAAAGAUUAACAGGAAUUGAUUAUGCAAAGGUAUAUGGACGUCGUCCAACUGACAGUAUCAGUUGGGGAUUAAGAUUAUUAGGAUUUGCUACUUUAGCACAAUGUGCAUUAAAAAUUUGGCAGGACAGUGGCAAUGAGAAUUAUAGCGAGAAAUAUAUAACAUUUAAUGAGAAAACCAGAACUUGUCAAUUGUGUCUUGAAAGAGAAUCAACAACCACUACCCCUUGUGGUCAUUUGUUUUGUUGGUUCUGUAUUGCAGACUGGUUAAAUUGCAAAUCCCACUGUCCUCUGUGCAGAGAGCACAUUACAUCAUCCAGAAUUGUAUACGUGUUGAAUUUAUAAUUUUUUUUUAAAAAUGUAAUCAGUCUUUUACUUAAAUAGUUAAUAAAUUAAGGGGUAAAUGAUCCACUAGAAUUAUUUCAUACAUUUUAACAUUCUUA